UUUACUCGAGAAACACUGACUGAGUCCGGAAGAAAGAAACGGUUAAGAUUUAAAGCAAAAUUCACAUCACAGUUUGUAUGGUCUAUUUGCCAAAGAGACUUUUGAGAGAGAGCCAAUGAAGGGCUAUUGGAAAUUCUACAGUGAAUGCAUACAAAACCAGAUCUUUAUUUAUUUUUACUUUUUUUAACCCAACACUUCCAGAAAAAGAGAAUUUCAAGAAAAACCAUCAGAUUGGAUUGCUAUCUUUCAGAUCCUUUCUAAAUACAAAGUAGAAUUGUUGAUUCUCUCAUCGCCGACUCUCUAACGAAUUUUUUCUCGCCAGUAAUAGUCUCUCAGUCAACUUCACAUUCUCAAGAGAGAAACAAAAUUGUUGUUUUCACCAUCAGCACAUCUCCCACAUUCGAUUUCUUUGGAAUUUAGUGGAACAGGGAAUUGGGUCUUUGAGCUGAGCUUAUUUGGUGACGUGGGUAUGAUUCUGAUCAAGGAAAAAGUUGCAGGUUGAAAGGAAUUCUGGUGAUGAAAAACAUGGGGGAAAAUGGAAAUGGAAAUGCCACUUUCAUGCACACUGCAAUGAACGCAGUGCAGGCAUUAGGGAGGGGAUUUGAUGUUAACUUCGAUACGAGGUUAUUGUACUGUAAAGGUGUGACAGGUUCUAGGAUAGUUGAAAUCGAUGAGGAUCAUGGUAGGGAUAUCUACUUGGACGAUCAAACUGUUCUGCCCAAUAUUUCUAGGGAUAUCAAGAACUCCCAGCAGCCUAUUGCCCGUCACAGUUCUGGGCUUCGCAGUUUUCAUGAGAUGGUGGAAUAUUUUAAUAAAAAAGCUAAUGUGUCUGGUGGUUUUCCGCUUGGUAGUUUUAAUUCUGCAUUUAGCUUUACUGGUUCAACAAAUAUUGAUGCUGCGACCACAAAGACACUCUCUAUGGAUGGAUUUUAUGUUCCACUUGCCAAGUUUCAGCUUACAAAGUCCCCAUCGGCAUUACAAGAAAAUGUUAAACGGGCUGUCCCAUCUUCUUGGGACCCACCAUCCUUGGCAAGUUUCAUUGAAAAUUUUGGGACACAUGUUAUUACUUCUGUAACUGUCGGUGGUAAAGAUGUGAUAUACAUCAAACAGCAUCACUCUUCACCUUUGUCUACCAUGGAGAUUAAAAACUAUGUGCAGGAUAUUGGAAAUCAUAGAUUCUCUGACAAAGCAAGUCUUACAAGUUCAGGUCAAAUCAAAUUAAAGGAUAAGGGUCUUGAUCCUGGCUUCUUCAACAGUCAAGGGAUAUACCCUCAGCCUACCAGUGCACCAUAUCUUAAUGGGAAAGAGGAUGUUACAGUUAUUUUUCGGAGGAGGGGAGGAGAUGAUUUGGAGCAAAACCACACCCAGUGGGUAAAAACUGUCCCGUCCUCUCCAGAUGUCAUUGAAAUGACUUUCUAUCCUAUUACUGCUCUGCUUGACGGGGUAGCUGGAAAGGAGCAUCUUACUCAUGCUAUCGGUCUUUAUCUUGAAUACAAGCCUCCAAUUGAAGAACUAAGAUACUUUUUAGAGUUCCAGAUUCCUAGGAUAUGGGCUCCUAUACCGGACAAGUUUCCUGGCCACCAAAGGAAGGAACCUAUUUGCCCAUCUUUACAAUUCAGCAUGAUGGGGCAAAAACUUUAUGUCAGCCAAGAGCAGAUCUCAGUUGGACGUAAGCCAGUGACAGGCUUGCGGUUACGCCUAGAAGGAAUCAAGCAGAACCGUCUGAGUAUUCAUCUUCAACACUUAGCUUCUCUUCCAAAGAUCCUACUUCCACACUGGGAUACCCAUGUGGCAAUAGGUGCUCCCAAGUGGCAGGGACCUGAGGAGCAAGAUAGCAGAUGGUUUGAACCUGUGAAAUGGAAGAACUUUUCUCAUGUUAGUACUGCACCUAUUGAGAACCCUGAUACCUUUAUAGGUGAUCUCUCUGGCGUCUACAUUGUCACUGGAGCACAACUUGGAGUCUGGGAUUUUGGGUCAAGAAACGUCUUAUACAUGAAGCUCUUGUAUUCUAGGCUUCCAGGCUGCACAAUAAGAAGGUCUUUGUGGGACCAUAGUCCAAAUGACAAAUCAAAGAAAGUCGUGGCUACUACGGGUACUAGCAACCCUGGUGACUCAAGUUCCGGCUCACAAGAAAACAUUGUAAACAAGUUGGCAAAAUUAGUUGAUAUGUCUGAGAUGAGCAAAGGGCCGCAAGAUCCUCCAGGUCAUUGGUUGGUUACUGGUGGAAAGCUUGGUGUUGAGAAAGGCAAAAUUGUUUUGAGAGUGAAGUACUCCUUGUUGAAUUAUUGAAUCUCUUGGCAUGGUUUCGUACGAUUUUGUGCUGUCUUGGCUAUUUUUCAGUAGAGGUGGUGUUUCUUUUGCAUGUCCAUUUGUGUUCAUCAUGCUUGUAAAGAAUUGUGCUUUGAGUAGGUGAGAAUGUGUAUGCAGACAUGGAGUUUCAUCCAGUUUUAGUUAGCAACUUCUAUACUCUUGGAAGUGCUGUGAAUUUUGUAAAAAAAACACCUCCGAAGAUGUCUCUUUUAUCUAACAUGAGAAAGGGGUUUGGACAAAUCACACUUUCUAGGUAAUUAUAGCAUAAUCAGACUCCUAAAUCCUUUUGAGUCAUUUUCUUCCUGUUCUCAUCUGGAUUUUAAGUACCCCCUUUUCCUCCUACUCUUGCCGUUUGCUAUGCACCUAUGAAAGGUAUUUGCAAAAGAUUUAUUUUAUGGUGACUGAUGUCCCACAUUUGGCAGGGCUCUAAUCAAGAAAGUAUCUUUCUUUCUACAUGUUAGAGGGCUGUUAGAGAUCCAAUGGUGAAUCUAAUUUCUCGUUACUGUAUUGGAAUAUGAUCAUAAAAUCUGUGUUCAAAACAAAGGUCAAAGCUCUGACACUUGAGGUAUCAUUAUUUAUAUAU